AUGGCCGCGAAGCCCGAGGAUAAGAGCACGGAUAUUCCGGAUCGCCUCGUCGACAUCAACCAGCGGAAAACCUACAAGCGCAUGCGGUUCUUCGGCAAGGGCGGGUUUGCAAAAUGUUACGAGAUCAUCGAUGUGGAAACCGACGACGUCUUCGCCGGCAAGAUAGUGUCCAAGAAGCUGAUGAUCAAACACAAUCAGAAGGAGAAGACCGCCCAGGAGAUAACAAUUCACCGCAGCCUUAACCAUCCGAACAUUGUCAAGUUUCACAACUACUUUGAAGACUCGCAGAAUAUCUACAUUGUGCUGGAGCUGUGCAAGAAAAGAUCCAUGAUGGAGCUGCACAAACGUAGGAAAAGCAUUACGGAGUUUGAGUGCCGCUACUACAUUUACCAGAUAAUCCAGGGCGUUAAGUACUUGCACGAUAACCGCAUUAUCCAUCGAGAUCUGAAGCUGGGCAAUCUCUUCCUCAACGAUUUGUUGCACGUGAAGAUCGGCGACUUUGGGUUGGCCACGCGCAUUGAGUACGAGGGCGAGCGAAAGAAGACCUUGUGCGGCACCCCCAACUAUAUAGCCCCGGAGAUCCUCACCAAGAAGGGCCACUCCUUCGAGGUGGACAUCUGGUCGAUUGGCUGCGUCAUGUACACACUGCUUGUGGGCCAGCCGCCGUUCGAAACCAAGACUCUGAAGGAUACCUACUCGAAGAUCAAGAAGUGCGAGUACCGCGUGCCCAGCUACUUAAGGAAACCGGCGGCGGAUAUGGUCAUCGCCAUGCUGCAGCCAAAUCCGGAGAGCCGCCCGGCAAUCGGUCAGCUGCUGAACUUUGAGUUCCUCAAGGGCUCAAAGGUGCCCAUGUUCUUGCCCAGCUCUUGUUUGACAAUGGCGCCGCGUAUCGGCAGCAACGACACCAUCGAGGAUUCGAUGCACCGCAAGCCGCUGAUGGAGAUGAACGGCAUCAGGCCCGACGACACCCGUCUGGAGUCGACCUUCCUCAAGGCCAAUCUGCACGACGCCAUUACCGCGUCAGCGCAGGUGUGCCGCCACAGCGAGGACUAUCGCAGCGAUAUCGAGAGCCUGUACCAGCAGCUCACCAAUCUUAUCAACGGAAAGCCGCGCAUACUGCAAGGCAAUCUGGGCGACGAGAACACAGAUCCUGCAGCGCAGCCGCUCUUCUGGAUAUCCAAGUGGGUUGACUACAGCGACAAGUACGGAUUUGGUUACCAGCUGUGCGACGAGGGUAUCGGCGUGAUGUUCAACGACACCACAAAGCUGAUCCUGCUGCCGAAUCAGAUCAACGUGCACUUCAUCGACAAGGAUGGCAAGGAGACGUACAUGACCACCACGGAUUACUGCAAGUCGCUUGACAAGAAGAUGAAGCUGCUGUCGUACUUCAAACGCUACAUGAUCGAGCACCUGGUGAAGGCAGGUGCCAACAAUGUAAACAUUGAGAGCGAUCAGAUCUCGCGUAUGCCCCAUUUACACUCCUGGUUCCGUACAACAUGUGCCGUAGUUAUGCAUUUGACCAACGGCUCUGUGCAGCUGAACUUCUCAGAUCACAUGAAGCUCAUCCUCUGCCCGCGCAUGAGUGCUAUAACCUAUAUGGACCAGGAGAAGAACUUCCGCACCUACCGAUUCUCGACCAUUGUGGAGAACGGCGUGUCUAAAGACUUGUACCAGAAGAUCCGAUAUGCCCAGGAGAAACUUAGGAAAAUGCUGGAGAAGAUGUUCACUUAAGCGUAGCCACCCAACUAUUAUUAUAAGGCCGAAUGCUAGUUUAACGUAAUUCACAAAUGCCCUGGCCAACUUCAUUUAUAGCCCCGAAAGUAUCCUCUCCCAUGAUCAUCUAAAAUUGUAGUUCCUGUUUAAAUUGAUUUGUUCGAUGUUUAUAGAAUUUAUUUGUUUUUGCCCCUUCACCUUCAUAUCGAAAAUACUGCUUAAGUCAUAUUCAUCGUCAGUGUUGGGCCUCCCCUCAAAAGAAUUUUUAUAUAUCUGUUUAAUGGUUUUCGUACACGAUCCGAUCACUUAAUGCAUUUUAAAGAGAUCAAAUUAAAUGUUUAAACUAA